AAGAAUUGAAAGGAAUUUCGAAACUACCAGCCAUGAGCUACAAUGAAAUUUCACAACAUCCAUGGCUGCAACGUGACCCUCGAUGAUGGUGGAAGUCGAGCUUCGCGUACCAGCUCAUUUUGUGAUGGCAUCACCUUCAGUCAUAAGCCUAUAGCAAUAAACUCUCGCAUCUCCCUUCUUCUGGGUGCUAAUGAAGACUGGACAGGAGCCCUUCGUCUCGGCGUUACAUCUCAAGAUCCAAACGUUUUUGCAAACAAAAUGCUACCUCGUUAUGCCUGCCCAGACUUGACUUCUAACAAUGGCUAUUGGGCGAGACCUUUGCCAGAAGUAUGGGCUACCCAUGGAACCAGGUUGACAUUUUAUGUGAACUCCAGGGGACAUCUACAUUUGUUUGUAAACAGUGAGCAUAAAGGUGCUAUUUUACUAGGACUUCCAGUAAAGGAGCAAUUAUGGAUUUUACUGGACUUAUAUGGAAUCACUGUUUCUGCAAAGUUUGUUUCAAAUUCUGGAACUGCCCCUUCAGAAGUGAUUGCAAGAGGGCCAGAAGCUGUGCUGGCUUAUCAGCAUGCUCUUAGCAGUGGUAGUACUUCCUACUAUCAUACAAGAAUUGCUUUGGUUGGCCCUCCUGAUGGAAAGAAAACAGUUCUGAAGAAAUUGCUUGUUAAAUCAUGUGAUACAUCCGAAAGUGAAUGCGAGGGAAUAGAAACAAACUGUCUUUGUCAGACAUCUGAAAUCUCUGAUGGAGAGCCAUGGACACUUGUAAAAAAGAAAAUUUGCUCUUGCUUAGAAGAUGCCAAUAAUAAUCAACCAACUGAAAACAUAAGUGUCUGUGAUGAUGAAAUUAAGCAAGACGAAGAGCCAACUCAAGUCAUUGUAGCUGAUGAAGAGUACUUCAAAGCAAUUGCUAUAAAUAUUGUACGAGAGAUGUGUCUCCAGAAAAAGAGGAUUAAAGAUGAUAGACGGAAAACACCUACAACUAAAAAUACAUUUAGACUGCAGUCAAGUUUAACCAAAAUUGGAGCUUCUAAAGGGCAGAAUAAACAAGAUGAUUCCUCUAGUUCUAAAGAAUUUACAAACACUUCCAAUAAUAAUAAUGAUGAUCUUCCUAAUGACCUUCCAAGUCGUGUUGUAGAAUUAGUUGAAGCUAUGCUCAAGGAAUCUGAAUGUAAGCUAUUUUUGGAGAAAAAGGAUACUGAGAAACUGAUUACAGAUAAUGUUGUUUUAGUUUUCAAUAUCUGGAAUUAUAGUGGUCAUUGGAAAAAUCUUCUUUUACAUCAGCUUUUUCUCUCACCACAAACAAUAUACUUAUUUGUAUUUGAUUUGGCUCAAGAUUUGGAUACACCAAUUCAAAAUGCAGAAGAUUUUGGACUAGAACUAUCGCCCAGCUGCAGUUUUUCAUACUUAUCUUUGCUUCAUAAAUGGUUGGAAAUGAUUUAUGUUUCAAUAGCUCAUACGAAAGAUGAAGACAAAAAUCAGAUACAAGAAGGAACAAUGACUGACAUUAUUUGUACACUUUUCCCACCAGUUUUAAUUGUUGGCAUCCAAGAAGAGUCUACAACUUUUGAUACUUUAGUAGAGCAUCAGUUUAAUAAAAUUAAAGAAAGUAUUCAAGAUAAAGUGUAUUGCCAUCUUGUGCAUCCCACAUUUUAUUUUGUGGGAAAUCCGGAAGAUCUAGCUGUUGAUUCUAUGAUAACUGAUCUAAGGAAAAAGAUUCAAGAACUUGCUUUACAGUUACCUCAUGUUGGAACUGAAAUUCCUCUGAAAUGGAUGUUGUUUGAUCAAGCAAUUGAUAGAUUAAUUGAAAGGGAAGUUUAUUUUGCUGAUAUUAAUAAGCUUUCUGAAGUGGCUCGUUUAGAAAAUAUUGAUUCCGAUGAAGAAUUUUAUUCCAUGAUUCAUUUUUUUCAUCAUCAAGGGAAAAUAUGGCAUUUAAGAUCUGAGUGGCUUCAAGGAAGUGAUGAAGAUGGAUGUGGAAUAGUCAUUUUAAAACCUCAGUGGUUUAUAAACUAUAUUUAUCAGUUAAUGAAUAUUGAUACUCAUCAGCUUCUAAAAGAAAGUUUUGAAGAAAAUGAGUGUAAUGAAACUGAUGGUACAUUUCCAGCUAAAAAUUUUGAAAAAGUAUGGCCAAAUGCAUUUCAUCAUACUACUAUCCUUUUGGAUAUCUUAGACAGUACUGAUGUUAUUUGUGAAGUUAUAGCAGAGGACGCUGAAGAUACUGAACAAUCACAAAAUUCUCAUAUGUACAUCAUCCCAUGGCUAAUAGAAUCAAAUGCUCCUGAAUCUGAAAAGUUUGAUUUUGAUUGCCUAAUUCUUAUCUUGGAUUUUGCUGGUUUACUUCCAGUUGGCUUUUUCACAAAAUUUAUGGUUCGUUUACUUCGUUGGUCGAAACAUCAUAAUUUAAAGAAGUGCUUGAAUCAAACUUGUAAUCCAAGUGAAGUUCCAGUUGACUAUAAUCAUUGUAUUAAAGUCCAAAAGACAUGUGGUCAUAGGAUACAGGUGAUAGUUACUCAGAGAACAUUUUCAGAAUCUGAAGGUGUGGUAACUGUGUCCUUUCCAUCUCCACAUGUUUGUUCUAAGGUACGUCACCUUUUAGAAAGAGAAACAGAAUACUUAAGAGAUGUUUGGUACAAAAGAAUGUCAUAUUCACUUAAUGUGCCUUGUCCUUGUGAAAAACCAUGUGAACUGCACAAUGCUUCAAAAUGUUCAGAUCCAGAGUGCUUGCACCUUCAACCAUUAAAUGAAUGCUUAGCUAAAAAGGUAGUUGAGUGUGACUAUCGUCUAAUAAAGACAGACUUUAUAAGAAAGUUCUUUUUUGCAUCCAUUGAAGAUUCACCAAAGUGCUCUGACAGCAUGCGCCUUUCACUGGAUUCCAUGUCUGCUCCCUUUCUUGGAAAUUUCUUUUGGGGUGAUCACGACAUUUCUCAAGAAGAACCAAGCUGGCUGACCAUAGUUGGAAAAAAGCUUACAUCUGCAAACACUGGGCAAGACUGGAUUGCUUUAGCUAAAAGAUUAGGUUACAGUGAACGAGAAAUCAAACGCUUUGAAGAUGAAAAUGUACCAUCUGUGAGUCUUUUGAAUAACUGGUUUGAUAGUAAUGGCAGAACCAGAUAUUGCAUAGAUAUGUUGAUUUCUUGCUUGGAACAGAUGGGGAGACGAGAUGUUGCAGAUUGUAUUUUUUUAGAAAUGGGAUCUGAUCUUCCAUCACCACCAGUAUUUAUAAGUUAUCAGUGGGAUUCACAAGAAAGUGUUCUGCAUUUGAGAAGAAGAAUUGAGCUUGCUGGUUAUCCUUGUUGGAUGGAUGUAGGACAUAUAUUUGGUGGAGAUAAAUUGUAUGGAAAAAUAUUUGAAGGCAUUAAUAAAGCCAAAGUUGUCUUAUGUUGCCUUACUCCUCGCUAUGUCCUUUCAAAAUUGUGCACAAGAGAAAUGAGCUUAGCUGACCUUCUUCGUAAACCAAUAGUGCCUAUAAUGCUGGAGCCUACACCCUGGCCACCACCUGGACCAUUAGCUCUUAUUCUUAGUUCACUUGUGUAUAUUAAUCUCUGUGGCAUAGGAGGUCAUGGUGGCAGUGGUAGGCAAGCAGACUGGGAGUCUAGAUUUUCUGACAUAAUUGAACGACUCUCCCAUUUUAUAUCACCAUCAUUCCCUUCACAUCAACUGACUACUAUUUCUACUGAAAGGUUUAUGCCUCCACCAGCAGUAACUGUCAUCAGAAGUACUGAAGGAUAUAAUGAUGCUCCACAGCAUACUGAAGAAAGAGGAAUUUUAGACAAUCCUAGUGUGCCUUUGCCUGAUGAUGAUACAAUAUCAGAAGCAGCAUCUAUUCAUGGAUCCAGCACUCCUACUGUUUGGGAUCCUACACGUAGAAACCGUGUUACAAGAUGCUCUGUAUGUGUUUUGUUGUAGAAGUGGGAAAUUACAUAUCGCCUUUGUUUAGACACAUUAAUAAUACUGUAUCUGCAUUUUCAUCAUCUUGUUUUUGAUACUGUACAGAACUGAAAAUAUGCUUUCAAGUAAUAAGGAAGUGGAAGGAAGGCAAUUUAACAUGUUCUUUAUAUACUGAAAAAAAAAAAAUCUCGUGAAUCACCUUUACAUGCUCAACAAAUUAAUUUUCUUGUAAGAGAGAUUUUUUGUAAUGCUUCCCACAUUAUAAAGAACUGAUUUUAUGAUGAUUU